AUGGACAGUGAACCACCAAACUUUGUUCCAAAUCCUCUUGGACUUGGGACGCGGGAAGAAGAAGAAGUAGAAGAAAUCAUGGGUUAUGUUGUGGUUAUAUCAUUGCCGGUGAUUCUAUUCUUCUUGAUCGUAGCCAUUGCUUGUUACCUUAUUGGUAGGGCACGGGGUCGAGAAGAAGCAGUGAGGCUUCCUCGUUAUUAUGGGCCUCCUGCACCCCCUGUUGGGGUGCAAGACUCCCAAAGCCUCGAUAAAUAA